GUCUAGAUACUUGUUAGUGUGUCCAAAGCUCUGAAUACUUAUUAGUGUUUUGACAAUUAUUCAAAACGCUUACCGAACGGGCCCAAGGCUUAAGGCUGGUCCUUGCGCGCUAAAGGAAAGACGGAGAGAAGUGCCAUUGCUGAAUGCUGACUACGACUCUGCAAGAAGAAGAAAUUUCCGAUUCUUGUAUGGCAGAUCUUCUCGUCUAGCGCUCACCGUCUUCAUUUCUGCUCAAGUGAUAUUAUUUCUUAAUAAUCAAAUCGAUUCGCUUCAUUAAGCUUACAAUCUCCAGAUCUGUGCUUACCUUACCCGCCCUUGUACCUCCUUUCUGAAUUACUUGUUGAGUAUUCUGGGUCCGAUCCACUGGAUCAGCUAUGCCGGUGGCUGCAUCUGCCAUCUAUUUCUUAAAUCUUCGCGGUGAUGUGCUCAUUAAUCGUCUCUAUCGUGACGAUGUCGGUGGGAAUAUGGUGGAUGCAUUCCGAACGCAUAUAAUGCAAACAAAAGAACUUGGGACAUGUCCAGUACGACAGAUUGGUGGUUGCUCUUUCUUUUACAUGAGAAUCAGCAAUGUCUACAUUGUGAUUGUUGUCAGCAGCAAUGCUAAUGUGGCUUGUGCAUUAAAGUUUGUGGUUGAGGCUGUUGCAUUGUUCAAAUCAUACUUUGGUGGGGCUUUUGAUGAAGAUGCCAUCAGAAAUAAUUUUGUCCUGAUUUAUGAGUUGCUGGAUGAAAUCAUGGACUUCGGUUACCCACAAAACCUUUCUCCUGAGAUUUUAAAGCUUUACAUCACUCAGGAAGGAGUGCGCUCACCAUUUUCAUCCAAGCCGACAGAUAAACCCGUUCCUAAUGCAACACUACAAGUCACAGGUGCUGUUGGUUGGCGGAGAGAGGGCCUUGUUUAUAAAAAGAAUGAGGUUUUUCUUGACAUUGUGGAAAGUGUAAACCUUCUCAUGUCUUCAAAAGGUAGUGUCCUACGUUGUGAUGUAACGGGGAAGAUUCUUAUGAAGUGCUUCCUUUCUGGAAUGCCUGACUUGAAGUUGGGUUUAAAUGACAAAAUUGGCCUUGAGAAAGAGUCACAAAUGAAAUCCCGUCCUACUAAAAGUGGCAAAACAAUCGAACUUGAUGAUGUUACGUUCCACCAAUGUGUAAAUUUGACAAGGUUCAACUCAGAAAAGACUGUUAGUUUUGUCCCGCCAGAUGGUGAAUUUGAAUUGAUGAAGUAUCGUAUCACUGAGGGAGUUAAUCUUCCAUUUCGAGUAUUGCCAACAAUCAAAGAACUUGGUCGAACACGCAUGGAAGUGAAUGUUAAGGUCAAGAGUGUCUUUGGUGCAAAAAUGUUUGCACUUGGCGUUGUUAUCAAAAUUCCUGUUCCCAAACAAACUGCUAAGACAAGCUUCCAGGUGACAUCAGGUCGAGCAAAGUACAAUGCUGCAAUUGAUUGUUUAGUUUGGAAGAUAAGAAAAUUUCCUGGACAAACUGAACCCACUUUGAGCGCAGAAAUUGAGUUGAUUUCAACAAUGACAGAGAAGAAAUCUUGGACAAGGCCACCAAUUCAGAUGGAGUUCCAGGUUCCCAUGUUUACAGCAUCUGGUUUACGCGUUCGCUUCCUUAAGGUAUGGGAAAAGAGUGGGUACAACACGGUGGAGUGGGUCCGUUAUAUUACUAAAGCAGGCUCAUAUGAGAUUAGGUGCUAGAAAAAUGGGAAUGUGAGAGUUUCAAAUGAGGAAAUGGGGUUGAUUGAUGGAUUACUUGGCUAGCUGUUGCAGUCAAGUUGAAAGAAACCACUGCGUAAGAAAAAAAGCCUUCUUGACAACAAAAAUAUGCAUCUGGGUUUCUUGUGUUGAUUUUUCUUAAUUGAAGGUAGUGUUCUGCUGUUGAAUUUAAUAUUGGUUGAGCUGUAGAGGCUGGUCCUUGUUGAUUC